AUGAGCGCGACGACGACGGCGGCGGCGGCCCUCGCUGAGGGGGCGGCCCUGGCUGAGGGGGCCGCCGUCCCCUACGCGGUGGAGCUGGGGCUGACCGUGCUCCACACGGCUCUCUACGCCGCCCUCUUCCUCUUCGCCUACCUGCAGCUCUGGCUGCUCCUCUACUACCGGGAGCGGCGGUUGAGCUACCACACGCUCUGCCUCUUCCUCUGCCUGCUCUGGGCAGCCCUCAGGACCACCCUCUUCUCCUUCUACCUGCAGAACUCCCUGCAGGCCCUCCGCCUCCAGCAGCCCUUCGCCCACUGGCUCCUCUACUGCCUGCCCGGCUGCCUGCUCUUCUCCAGCCUCUGCCUCCUCAACCUCUAUUUCGCUGAGGUCAUAUUCAAAGUGAAAUGUGCAGCUGAAUUCAACAAGUACAAGGUCCUGUUGUAUCUGGGCUCCAUAUUUACCAGCCUGCUCUUCUUAGUUGUGAACUUAACUUGUGCAAUGUUAAUCCAUGGUGAGGUCCCGGAGAACCAGCUGAGGUGGACAGUCCUUGCCCGCGCCCUCGUCAAUGACAGCCUCUUUAUCCUCUGUGCCAUCUCGCUAGCUUGCUGCAUGUGCAAACUAGGAAAGAUGUCUUCAGCGAAUGUCUACCUCGAGUCUAAGGGAACAUCUGUCUGUCAGGCUAUUCUUGUGGGAUCUGUAGUCGCUCUUCUGUAUUCCUCAAGGGCUUGCUAUAACCUGGUAGCUGUGGCCAUAUCUCCAGACAAUGUUCCUGGUCCUUUUAACUAUGGCUGGGACAACCUUUCAGACAAGGUGCAUGUGGAAGUGAGCAGUGAAGAGUACGUGGUGUUUGGAGUUGUCCUCUUCCUCUGGGAGCUGGUGCCAACGACCUUCGUGGUGCUGUUCUUCCGGGCUCAGAGACUGAGUCAGAACUUGACUCCAGCGGGGAUGGUCAAUAGCCACAGUUACAGCUCCAGAGCCUACUUUUUUGACAAUCCGAGGCGCUACGACAGCGAUGAUGACUUGUCACGGCUUGGGGCCAGAGAAGGAGGCUUGGCCACCCCUCAGUGCUCUGGCUGCUAUGGGUCCCUGGCUGGGAAUGACAGCUACGCGGUGGGUCCCCAUCUCGGCGGAACCGCUACAGACAGUGCCCCCUUGCUCUUUGCCGCAGGCGGCUCGGAGAUGAAUAAUCGCCAUAGCUCAUACACUGCACCACAGAACUGAAGAGGCUGCGAGGUCCCCUUCUUCCCAGAAGUGGCAUUCAUGUAUAGGAUUGUAACCUGGUUUUCUCUUUCCUUCUUCCCUGAAGCAUCUAACUCAUCGACACAAACAUUCCACUACCUGCUGCAGCUGUAAGCAGGACUGAGCCUAUGGCUGCAGGCAGUAAGCAAGAGAACUGUGACUUUAAGGUACCAUGUAGCAAAGCGAAGCUGAACUCUCUGGAAGCUUUUUCUUGGUCUGGUCUUCAAGAUGUUGGCAGCUAAAUGCACCAGAGCUUCCUCACUAGAAAAGAAACAUCAAAUGCAUAUUUGCACUUUUAUCUGCACACUUGGAAGGAACGAAUCUUGCUCAGACUGUGCUUGGUCUGAGACUGUUCUAGUUACUCUUUUAAUUGCACAUCCAUAGCUGGGAGAGGCACAGUCUUCCUGCAAAGACGUGUUCUGUGAAGUACUCUGCAUCCUGACUCACUUGGGAGUGUGAAGCUCUGUUAACCGAGCGCGAUACGGGCAGGGCCUCCUGCCGUGAAUGUUAAAGCAUACUGUGCCAUAUUCUCACCCGGCAGGGCUGAGGCCUCUGGGCUGAGUGUGGUCUUGCUCUGACUGCUGGUCCUCGGUUCACCUGGUUGCUGAACUGUCCUACCUAGGACUGUGUGUUCAAAGCUGAGCUCAAAGCAUAUCCUAGCAGAGGUCUGUGAGGGUGAGAACAAGUGCUCCUACUGGUGUUAAGAUCACUAUGGUGUAACCAACCCACUAGCUUACGGCAAAGGAAGAGGGCUGGCUCGGACGGUAGCUGCUGUCAAGUGAGGGGGCAAGACUUUAUAGGCUGCUGCCUUCAGGGAAAGCUUAGAGCUGGAGCUGGCUCAGCGAGAGUGUGCGUGCGGGAACACGUGUGGCCCAAAGCACCUGUAAAACUAGGGCUGCUUUAACUGGUGGGUGGUGAGGGCAGGUCCUGCUCCCCUCUCCUCUUCACCCAUGGUGGGGCUCCCCUUUUCCCCCUCAGUAUUAAAUUGCAUUUAGCAGAUAACCAAGAGUUUUAACCUGAAGUGAAUGUGAACUGGUGGGGUCCCCAUGGAGGUGCAGGAGGUGUCUGUCUGCUUGUUGAGGCAAUGCCUGCUGUUGCAGAGGGAGGUGGCAGACACUGCAGAGAUCUGGUCCCUGGGCUCCCUGCUCUCUCCUCCCCUGCCAUGGGGCAGGACCGUGGGCCUGGAGCCCUCCCACUGCCACAGCAGCUGUGUCAGCAGCACUUAGUGGUGUACGCAGGGUUUCAGUGUGCUGGGUCAGUCUGGGAGGAGGUUUCUCUGUCUCUCUUUAACCAAAAUAGCCAAGUUUGACUGGCCUGUAGCUCCAUCGGGCUCUUGGAGAUGAGGCUUGAUGUUAUUCCUGGCUUGUCACUCAGCCUGAUGUGUGGAUGAGCGAAGCAGCUUUGGACACAGGUGUGGAUGGAGGU